UUAUGGUUUGUUCAUUUUACCGGACCGUGUGUUGUUUAGGUAACGUUAGCUAGCCUACCUCAUAACGCCAAACGAAUUGUAAUGGUAACGUGUAAGAGGUGAUUUCAACGUUUUAAACAUGUCAGAGAAAGGCGAAGUGGAUUUAACUGGUGCUAAACAGAACACGGGCGUGUGGCUGGUCAAGGUGCCCAAAUACCUGUCCCAGCAAUGGGCCAAAGCAUCAGGCAGGGGAGAGGUGGGGAAGCUCCGGAUCGGCAAGAACCAAGGGAAAGCAGAGGUGGAAUUCACUCUGAACGAAGACCUGACGAUGAUUGACGGCCUGGGGGACAAGCCAUCGGGGGUGCAGGCACCCAGGGACCACCCGUUCACCAUGCAGACUGUAGGAGGACAGACCCUGGCCGUGUUCACCGAGACCCAGUCAGAGUCAUCUAAGGGCCAGUCAGAAGAGAGAUCUGAUGGCAGCAUCUCAGUUUCGCGGGCGGGGACAGGCCCAGACAGAAUCUCCCUGGAGGGCCUGGUGGUGCAGAGAGCAGAGUGUAGACCUGCUGCCAGCGAGAACUACAUGAAACUCAAGAGACUGCAGAUAGAAGAGUUAUCCAAGCCAGUGAGAUUGUCUCAGCAACUAGAAAAGGCUGUUACCACCAACUACAAACCAGUGGCCAACCAUUCCUACAACCUGGAGUAUGACAGGAAGAAGAAGGACGAAGGUAAAAGAGCGAGGGCCGACAAGCAGCAGGUGUUGGACAUGUUGUUCUCGGCUUUUGAGAAACAUCAAUAUUACAACAUCAAGGACCUGGUGGACGUCACCAAACAACCUGUGAGUUACCUGAAAGAGAUUCUGCGUGACAUCGGCAUCUACAACGUGAAGGGAACCCACAAGAACACGUGGGAGCUGAAGCCAGAGUACCGACACUACCAGGGAGGAGAGGAGGAGAAGGAGACUGACGACUAGCCUGGUCUGGAGCUCUCUAGGAGGCUGGAGCCCCACCACUAGGAGGAGGACGACUAGCCUGGUCUGGGAGAUCCAGCCUCCUAGAGAGUUCACCACUAGGAGGAGGACGACUAGCCUGGUCUGGGAGCUCCAGCCUCCUAGAGAGUUCGCCACUAGGAGGAGGACGACUAGCCUGGUCUGGGAGCUCCAGCCUCCUAGAGAGUUCGCCACUAGGAGACUGACGACUAGCCUGGUCUGGGAGCUCCAGCCUCCUAGAGAGCUCACCACUAGCCUGGUCUGGGACCUCCAGCCUCCUAGAGAGCUCACCACUAGCCUGGUCUGGGACCUCCCUAGAAAGCUCACCAGUAGAUUGGAGUGUCGUUUUGUUUUUUUAUAGACUUCAAAAAUGUUUUUUUUAAUGAUGCAGAGAAGUUGUCAAGCUACUGAUGUGUUUAGUUGGCCAGUUAGGACCGGAUCACUGGCCCUAUACUACAUGUCGGUGAAGUCCCAAGUGGCACCCUAAUCCCUAUAUAGUGCACUACUUUAAACCAGGACCCUGGUCAAAUUUAGGGCACUAUUUAGAGAAUAGGGUGCCACGUUUUGAAGGAUUCCUACUAUUCUGAGCAGUGAGGUGCUUUAGGUUCAUCUCACCUGGGAUUCCUACUAUGAGCCGGUUUGACUGACGUCUAUUCCUGUGUUUGUGUGAUCUGACCGUUACUUUCAAUCAGGGAUCCUUCAGACGUGUUCAGCUUACAGACACACGGCUUGUAACACGGCAACCACGGGUCAAUAGCUACAAGUUGUUUUUAAAAUGGGAUUUAAUGACUGUUGGAAUAAACAUUUUUUGUAAAAAUGUA